CGGUACGCAUGCGCGAAUAACUUUUUAAUUCUUACUUUUAAUUUCAACGUGCGGCCAGUUACGAAUUUUCGAAUGUCGAAUGUUGCGUGUGUGUUUAUAUAAGGAUUGUUAUUGUGGAAAGUGCGCAUUUUCGAACAAAAAUGCUUAAAUGGGCGGUAUACAAAAAGAACCAAGAAGCCAAGAGCGACGCCGAAUCAGAAGAAAAAGAAUACGAUGGACCUUACAACAAUAAAGCCAGACGGUCGCUCGACGCCCAGGCAAUUAAGAAAAGCAAAAAACCCAGCCGGUACCAGAGGCGAUCACUCGGACCUUCUGCAGUUAGGAAAAACAUCAAAACUGUUGACAAAGAAAACCUAAACUACAUAGGAAAUACCCCAAACUAUUUCAAAGAAGGCUUCGUCAAGAAAACAGAAAUACUAGCCCUGAAAGACGUCAGCAACAUAACCCCAACCAAUGGAACACCCGUUAAAAACUUCGAAAGAAGACGUUACUAUGUAAAUGGCUCUAAAGAUGAUAUCCCACCAAAUUUACCUCCUACUCCUCCUACAUACAGUAGGAGAGUUAGAGAAGCGAAAAAGAGAAAAUUAGAGAUGUCCCAAGAAAACUUCAGAAGAGACAGUAGCGUGUACAAGUCGGAAAGGAGGAUAAGAUCUGUUGACAGAAGCCUACUAAGUUCAGGUUUAUCGCAAAGCUCCUCAGAACCUUCACUUAACGAACUUUCUGACAGGCUUAGUUUGACAAGCAGUAGGUUUUCCUUCGCAGCCAACAAACUACCGAAAAACACUGGUCCUAUCAGCACAACAAAAGCUGCCAGUGAAGGUAUAGUUGAAAUCGUAUACGAUGAAGACUUGGUCCUCAACUGUGUCGAAAAACCUAUCGAAAAUAAGGUUGUAGAAAAAACAACAUUGCCAAUUUUCGGCCAUCACAUAUUCACUGAUAAUCCUCUGUAUUUUAACAAAAAUGACAAUGGGUUUAGUAAUAUUAUACCUUUAAAGCGCACGAGAAAGAAAUCAAAUGAAUUUGAAAGCUCCUUUAAAUCGCCAUGUGUGGAUAAAAGAGACACGCAUACACUAGUAAGGGACGCAUGUUCACCUGUCUCAGUUACUCCUUUGUCAAUGAAAUUAGCCGCUUUAAGGUUUAGUGCGUUGAGCACGCAUAGCAAGUCAAAACGAGUUCCUUUUACAAGUGAUGAUACGGAGUAUUUUCCUAAAGUGGAAAAUCCAUUCCCUAUUGCAUUGAAAGAUGAAGAGAGUGCUACUGAAAUGGAAUACAAAUUUUUAUUAGGCAAAGAUUCUAUUACAAACAAUACAGAGUCAACUGUAUCUACAACGCAAAUGGGAGACGUGACUCUGGAAAGGAUGAUUGAAGAUAUUAUAAAGAGUACUAAAAUUAUUAAAUCUAAGAGAAGAGUAUUGAAUAAAGAUGUACAAGUAUCUAUAGAAGAAGAGAUUCCGCCAUUAGAGUGCGUCAAAGAUCUAUUCGUGAAUCCUCAAGCUGAAAACAAGGCUAACUUAAUAAAGGAGGCGAGGUACGUGAACCUGUCACGGGAAAACUCGGUGUCGCCAAAAAGUACACCCACUAAGAAAAUUAUGCCCAUACAUAGGGUAAACGAGAAACUACUCAAAAACCUUCCUAUUGGGUGUUUUAUACUUGAUGACGGCGAUGGUUAUAAUGAAAGAGAAGUGUGUACACCAGAUAAUGCUAUAGAAUCUAAGUCAAGGAUACGGACCAGUGAAAAUUUUAGCAGAACGCUAUGCAGGUCACAGUCCAUGAACGCAGCAUCAAUAGACACUGCUAAAUUACAUCGAACGAAUUCUGAGUCAACGCCAGAUAUAUCAAAAGAAAGUGCAAAUCUAAGAUUGAAGAGACAAAGGUGCAUCCGUAGGAAAAAAUCAACAGUCAGUAACGACAGCCAAUGGAAGCUGAAGGAUUCUAAAUCAGUGUUAACAAAUUUAGAGAUACCCAGUCCAGCCUUAGAUCUUCACAGUGUCUCUACUGAAUCAUUUACCAUAGAUUUUGAACGGAAUAAGUCAAUACGAUCCAACGUAUCGCAUAGUAGUCUAAAGUCUACAGUAGAGCCAAGAAGAUCGCAAGAAAUGUUCGGACUUACUCUUGAAAAUGGUAUUCCAAGUCCUAUCACACCAGUACCUAAUUUAAAACGGCCAAGUAAUGUUUUAAGUGAAGAAAGAGCGCACAAAACUAGUAAACUUGAGGAGCCGCUAGACGCGUUCACUCCAGUCAUAGAACACAAGUCUUCUAGAAGAUGUUUAACGUAUUCUCCUGAAGAGGGCAGUAUCAACAGCAGUGAAGAGAAAAGAAGAAGUGUCGUCAGCAAUCCGAUGGAGACUAGUAGUCAGAGAUUAAACGCGCCUAAGGGGACAAUUGAUUUAGAAAUCAUUACAAAGGAUGACGUUAUUGACGUCCACGUUAUUCGCUGCCGGGAUCUCCGCAGGGCGUGCGGGAGCACGGAAAAUAUAAAUGCAUACGCAAAGGUGGUAAUCGGCGGAGCGUCAGAGAGCCAAUCCGCUCCAUCGCAGAGGUCAAUUUUCCAACGAACAUCUGUUCUCUAUGGAAAAAGGGAGCCAGAGUUCCAGAGACACUUGAAACUGCCCCUCCCCACAUCUGUAUACGACAACCAGAUGCUCCACGUCUCUGUUUGGCACAGAGACAAAAAAUAUCGCCGGAGCGAGUUCCUAGGAUGUGUCUCGUUCCCCCUAAAAGAUGCUGCUAAGACCGACGUCUCCGGGUCCUUCUAUUUGCAGCGGCCGGCGCCCGCGCCCCCAUGCGCUAGAGAACUGAGCAAGAUGGCUACAGAUAACAUUGACACUAGCACAGAAGAGAAGGAGAAUUGCAAUGAUAAAGGAACCCUCAAUGGCCCAUCGGGACAGACGGCGGUGGCAGCAGCGCUUCAGAGAGAGGCAGACGAGCACCUGUUCCUUAGAUACUUGGAACUGGACCCGCCAGAGGAUGCUGCCGCGCCUAGGAGGGCGCAAAGGAACGGCAGGACACCAUUCACCACCUCUAGAAAACUGACCCGUGGCACGAACGGUGGUUUCGGCUUCACCGUGGUAUGGACGCGGCCGCCGCGCGUCGAACGCGUCGCCGCCGGCGGCUCGGCCGAACGGGCCGGUCUAAGAGCAGGGGACUACAUUGUCUUCGUCGGGAACAAGAAUGUAGUCACGUCCAGCGAGGAAGAAGUGCGGGGGCUGGUUAAAUCCGCGGGCCAGACCCUCCAACUCGAGACCUUCCGAAGAGUGCCCCAGAACGGUGUCGGAGCGCGCCCUCGCCUAGCGCAAGUGACCAUCCCGUUCCCGGAGUCCACUCCCCCGCCCGCCCCACGCUCCCCGCGCGUCGCCCCCGCGUCGCCCGCCCCCGUCGCCCGACCGCCGACCGCCUGUUCGUCCACCAGCCAGAGUCUCGACCGACGCAAACUGCAGCUCCCUCAAGUGACGUUCUCGAAAGAGGCCCCUACAGCUGACAGCAGAAAACGCGCCCUCCUAGCAGUCGUUGCCCGCGAACAGCAUUAUGCAACAUGUCUCCAAUUCGGCUUGGUUCGCUUCGUGUCACCUCUGGCUGAGAGAGCGGACCUCAUCGCGCCGAACGACCAUCAGCUAUUAUUUCAGAACUUAGAAGAGAUCCUAAGGCUAUCCGAAGAUAUCUUAGACCAAGUGGUGCAAGAUGAUGGGGAGAUCCAAACGUCGACGGUGGUAGCCGUUUAUCUGCAGAAGGCGUCAGUGUUCCUAAGCUUGUAUAAGAAGUACUGCCUUGGGUUGAAGAGGGCAGACUGUGUUCUAGUUAAAAAAUCGAAAGACCCCAGCGGCGCAUUCUCUCGCUUCUGCACCAGCCCGCCGAUCCCUCGCCGGAGGCCCGACAUCACUUCCCUGGUCCACAAGCCUUUGGAACAGUUCCGGGAACUGCUCAGGCUCAUGAGAGCUGCUGCAGCGUCAGCAGGGGCUGGGCCGUACGAUCAGCUCGAGAAGAAGCAGUUGCAAGUCAUUGUUGAACAAUUGCUGAGCGCAUACCAAGAUGUGACAGCGGGUUCUGGUCUCAUGGGUUUGGCUGGCGAUGGGAAACCGCUUCUCUCUGUCGCAGACCUUGAGAGCAGACUUGUCUUCACUAGGUGUAAGCCCUUCAUACUAAGCACAACCGGCCGGCAAUGGAUCUUCGGAGGCGAGCUGUCCAGGGUAGAAGGUCGUGCCGUCCGACCCUACUGGGCCCUGCUGUUCAGCGAUCUUCUACUCUUCGCCACUGUCUCCAGAGAUCGGGUGCUCUUCGUCACUGAGGAACCGGUGCUGCUGGCUACGGUGUCUGAUGCUCAGUUCAAUCUUAGGAAAAAAGCGACAGAAUUCAGGCUGAUCCUCGGAAGAACAGGGGGUGAAAGCCCAUUAGUCUCCUGCGCACCCCGAACUCCUGGCCGAACUAGAACAGUGGUGCUACGGGCUCCUUCGAUAGACCUCAAGGCUGUGUGGCAGAGUCUUCUUCAGCGACAGAUAUACCGAGCGAACACGAUGUCCGGCACUCCCCUCGGCUCACCACUCGACUCGCCGGACCCCCAGCUCACGUUCUCCCUGGCCACGCUGGACUCGCAGCAGCGCCAGGUAUCCGCCUCCAGCUUCCAGCGCGUCUCCAGCCUCGCCCUCCUGCCCGCCAGCAGCUAUCGCUCACACCUCAACAUGCUCACCGAGGAACGCCCAGAAAAAGAAGUCAGGGUCAGCUUCGAUGUCCGGACCAACUCCAUGUCACCCGUCCCCCAACCGGUCAGAGGACCGCUUAGCUCAGUGUGGCGAACGGCACCCACCCCAGAAACCCCCUCGGCCAAUCUCUCCCCGGCCGACUCACAAACUUUCUCAUCCCAUUUCGUCUCCACUUCGUCCAUGGAGAAGAAUGGCGAAGCCACUUCUCCUAGCGCUCAAUUGACACCGGAUGCCGGUGAGAAUUAUUCCGACUUGUCGCCCUGUAGAUGGGAGUCUUUCGAAGCCGAUCUGGCCAUGGCGGAUUUGGACGUAGACCCGUCUUAUAAGCACGCUGUCGAGGAGCGUAUAUUCCUGCCCGACGACCCGCUUUUCUCCUGUAUGAUGCUGCCGGAGCGGCCUACCCCCCCGGCGUACCUGGAGCUCUGAUCCCCCGACUCCGAUACGGAGGCGGAGGCCUUGGACAGCCGCUUGCCCCGGAAGUGUGAUAGCGACUGGGGGUAGCUUUGUUUCGGCAUCGUCCCCGGUAGAUGGUGUUGGAUGGUGUAGAAGGCUUUCGUCGUGUAGACCCGAGCGUUUGUUGGAUUGUUAUAAAAUUUGCUUAUAGUUGAGAAUAAGGUUGUGGUACAUUUUUGAGAGACAUAUUUUCGAUUAGCAGUAUUGAAGUGAUUUAGUAUUUUCAUCAAUACUAUAAGUCUGACCUAUUUUAGUUCGGUGUCCGAUCUCUAUCUUCUAGGGUGUGACAAUCUGGUAGUAAAAUUUUACAGAACUGAGAAACCCUUGUACAAUGCUUAAGAGAUGUUGAAAGGUGUCUAGAUAUGCCAAUAUAUUUUACCGGGUAGCCUAAGUGUCAAAGAUGUAACAAUAGGGUACCAACAGUAGCAAAUAUUUAUAUACGAACUCAUUCCUAGGGGUUUUCAGGAGUUUAGUUUGGCUUCGUAAGUCUUCCGUCCUUUUCUUAUGACGUAUUUCGACGUUGUUAGACUCGACUGUCCCUCGAUUUUGUGACUAAUGGGAUGUUUUAAUGAAUGUUUACGUAAUAGCCCCAAAUUUAUCGUGUUGUUAAUAUUAGAAAGAUAUAUUGUGCAGAAAUUAUAGGUCUUUGUAAUGUGUAACUUAUCUGUACAUAGCCUUACAAUCAUUGUACAGGUCAUGUGGAUAUUGUGCGAUUUGCGUCGCGACACUAACUUCACUAACCUUAUGUUUUGUUGCAUUUUUGUUUAGAAAGCUUUUUGUUUUGACUGUUUUAUUUGGAUUACUACACGUUUUAACUCGUAGUUGAAGCAAUCGUUGCUUUCUGAUGUCUUAUGACUAAUGAAUAGAGAUAAUCGAGCUUCGAAUUUUGACUUAUACCUUUUGGACUAACUAAUGUAAUACAUUUCUGAUUUCGAACGGUUGCUUCGAACCACGUCGUAACGCACUUGUUUCUCUUAAACGAGAUUUUUUUGUUAUUUGUAAUAAAACUGACAGUAGGUAACGAUUAAAUUUGAAACUACGAGUGAAAUGAAAUCCAAAUAAAACUGUAGAAGUUAAUAUAGAGCACUAUUGCCUUUAUACGUAGAAUUAAUGUGUUUACAACGAAAAAUGGUAGUCGAUUGUACAAAUAUAGUUAUAGUUUUUUUGUUAGUAGCUAAUUGUAUUAUAAUAAAGUAUUUUGAGUUCCUCAAUACCCGAUAUAUCGCUGGCAUCGCAAAAGCAAAAUGUUCACAUAACCUCUUUUACCCCGGUCCCGUUACGACUAAGCUAAAAAUUUUUACAAAACGAAUCCUAGCUAGAAAUCUUUCGGUGUUUUCGGCUGUGUGUAAAUUUUUAAUAAUUAUAAAAGAAAAAUGCAAAUAAUUUUGAGAAAAAAGUUUUUGACUGGGUCCCCUGUAGAGUGCCGAUGUAUAUUUGUGUUUAGACCGGAUGUCAAAUAAAGACGUUUGUCAA